AUGUUGGAUUCUAUAUUGGAGUUGAUUACUCAAGCUGCUUCUAGCUCAACAUUCAUUUUUUGCUUUUGUAAUUUGAUCAUAGUGAUUAUUUUAUUGGAUUUGAAGCCAAGUGUAAAUGUUCAUCAAAACAGUGAAAUCCAUCUUUCAAUAUGUGAAACUGAAACUCAAAAACAAGAAAUCAACUCCAACAGUAUAGAAUCAUUGACUCAAGAGAAAGAAGUCUCGCGUGUCGUCAUCGACGUUGAAGCUAAAGAAGAAGAAGAAGAAGUUGUUGAGAUUGAAGUUGAAAACAAUGAAGAUGUUGAAAUUGAAGAGAAUGAUGAUGAGUUGAGGAAAAGAGUAGAAGAGUUUAUUGAGAAAGUUAACAAAAAAUGGAAAGAAGAAUUGUUGAUCACAUCAAGAUUAGUGUAUGGCAAAAAUAAUAAUAAUGAGAUUUUGGCUAUAUGA